AUGGCGGUCAGGUCCCAUGAGCAACAUACUAUUGUACUACAGCCACUUAAGUGGAACUACGGGUUGCCUGAGACAUUAUCACCGCCUUACUUCAUCUUCCAUGUUGGUACAAUAUCGCAUUCAGCGACAAGCCGAGGAGCCGGGGGUCGGGGGUCGGGGGUCGGGGGUCGGGUCGGGGAUAGCCAGAGCCGGCUUCCGACAACACCACCUUUGUCAUCCCCGCUGGUCCGCGACCUUUCCCCGAGUCCCCCUCUCCUCUCUGGACAAAGCCCUCGGUCCAUUCUGCUUCACUUCUCCGCGUCUUCCGAGAUCAUUGAAGUGAGCGAAGAACACGCCUACGCCAUCGUCGAGCCCGGUGUCUCCUUCUUCGAUCUGUACAAUUACAUCCAGGAGAAAGGGUACCGUCUGUGGCCAUCAUGCCCAACGCUCGGUUGGGGUUCGGUCUCGGGAAACACCCUCGAGAGGGGGUUUGAUUACACCCCCAAUGGUGAACAUGCAGAACAGCAGUGCGGUAUGGAGGUGGUGCUUGGUACUGCGGUGAGGUGCGGUUACGGCCCAAGCAUAGACGGCCUCUUCUACCAAUCCAACUUCGGAAUCGUCACCAAGCUCUGCAUCCAUCUCACCCCCGUGCCGGCCAGCUUCGCUCUCUGCGAGGUCGGCGUCCCAUCGCAAGACCAGCUCACCUCCAUGGUCCGCACUCUCGCCCAUCUCGAGCGCGAAAACGUCAUCCAAAACCAGACCUCCAUCUCCAACCCGUUCCGCUGCGGCCUCGCCGACCUUCCCACCUGCCCCGACCUCGUCCCCCGCGUCCUCGGCCCCGGUCUCCACCAGAGCGGCUGCGCUAGAGGUACCAACGCCGACAUGACCGCCCUCGCCAAAGAAAGAGGGUGGGGCUACUGGACCGGCGACUUCGCACUCUACGCAGCCUCCCCCGCCAUCGUCGACGUCAACUGGGCGCUGGUGCAGGAGCGCAUCGCGGUCGCCAUCCCCGGAGCGUCCGUCAAGCUAACGUUUCGAGCCGACGCCACUACUACUAAAGAAGAAGGGGUACGCUGGCUCAACGCAUCCAAACUAGCAGUCCCCCCAGAGAGUACAGCCAUCCCGCAAUACGGUGUCCCGGGGACUCAGAACGCCGCUUUGAUGGAAACCCGUGGCGGUCCCAAGGGGAAGGGAGGGCAUAUCUGCUUCUCCCCGCUGUUCCCCACGGACGGGAUCGAGAUGCAGGCCUGGCCGCACGACGAGGGAGAGAGGGUCAAGAGGCUGUUUGACGGGCUGGUGGAGGAUGCGGAGAGACAUGGGGUGUCGGAGUAUAGAAUUCAUUUGAACUAUAUGGAUAGAGUUAGAGGGCAGUUUGAUUGGCUUGGAGUUGGAGCUGGAGCUGGGGCUGGUGAGAAGAGGGAUGCUCUGGGGCAGGUUUCGAGACGGUUGAAGGGGGUUCUGGAUCCUGAGGGGAUCUUGGGGCAGGGGAAGUCGGGGAUUUGGACGGUGCCCCGGACGUAG